AUGAACGAUGCUCAGGUACAGCAACAGGUGCAGCAGAUGGUGGCGUUUAUUCGGCAGGAAGCAGACGAGAAAGUGAACGAGCUGCGCACAAAAGCGGAGGAGGAGUUCCACCUGCGGAAGCUCAGCCUUUUCGAGGAGCAGCGCGAGCGGAUACGAGCUGAGUUUGAGCGAAAGUACAAGCAGCUGCAGGCAUCACGUCGAAUAGCGUUGGCAUCGGCGCUCAACGCCGCUCGUCUGCAGGUGCUUCGCGCUCGCGAAGCGACGCUGCGUGAGCUCUACGAGUGUAGCCGCGAGCGACUCGCCGCGUUUGGCACCGAAGCCGGUCCGGACUACCAGGAGCUUUUGGAGCGUCUUAUUGAACAGGGCAUGAAGAUGGUACAACCAGAGCCACGAGUGAGCCUUAUUCUGCGUUCGCGUGAUCGGGCGCUUGUGGAAAAUUCGCUUGCAGGCCUUCAGGCACGAUACCGCCAGUUGCUCGAAAACAGCGAAGCCACGACUCCUGCCUCCGAGCAGGCGUCUUGCGUGUCCAUUUCAAACACCGAGCAGCUCGAUAACAGUUCGCCAGGCGGCGUCAUUGUCACAAGUGCGGAUGGACGAAUACGCUGCGAUAACACACUAGAGCGCAGGCUGGAAAUCGCCUACCAACAAAAUUUGGCAACACUUCGUGAUUUGCUCUAUGGGGAUUCGGGUACACUUUCCGCCUUCGAAGAAGACCUGAGUCUCUAA